AUGUUUAUACUAUCGGAGCUAUCAGAUCUUAUAAGAAUACCACCUCAUACUUUUAACAUACCCAUACAACAUGCAAUAACAGAUGAAUUAAAUAAAAAAUAUUCAAAUAAAGUAAUACCCAAGUUAGGAUUAUGUAUAACGAUAUGGGAUUUGUUAGAUAUAAAAGAUGGAUUAUUAAAACCAGGAGAUGGUGGAUCAUACGUAGAAGUUAAAUUUAGAUUAAUUAUUUUCAAACCAUUUGUAGGAGAGAUUUUAACAGGUUGGGUUACAGAAAACAACGCCAAAGGUAUAAAAAUUAGACUAGAAUUUUUUGAUGAUAUAUGGAUCCCCGAAAAUUAUCUUUUUGAGAAUUGUGAAUUUAGAGAAAAUGAACAAGCAUGGGUUUGGAAAACUGAAAGUGAUGAAUUAUUUAUUGAUGUUAAUGAAAAAAUUAGAUUUAAAGUUGAAAAAGAAAAUUUUUAUAAUAUCAAACCGAAGAAUUCUAGUGAAGCAAUGGGGAAAUUUAGUGACGAUGAUGAUGAUAAAGAAAAAGAACCUAAAUUACCUGCUUAUAGUAUCAUUGCAUCUUGUCAAGUUUCAGGUCUUGGGUGUGUUUCAUGGUGGGAUUAA